CAGUGACGACCACCCGCUCCACAUAUGUCCGUUUGGCAUCUGCACUAGCCAAUUAACCACAUUUUUGGGCUGUUCAGGGAUGAGACGCUGAUACGGAGGGGUCUAUAUAAAGAGGACCUGGCGCUGCUUUAUCGGGUUCACGCGACAUUGGAAAGGAGACAUGAUGGGCACGAAAGUUUGGGGUCAGCAUUUGCUGGUGCGGUUUAUUGUUGCUAUUGUUGCGAUAAAUAUCGUGAUGUUUGCUCUGGUCUCGUGCAAGGGCGUGCAAAUGCGUCGAAUGCCGGUAUCCUCUACGAGCAUGGAGCCGAUCAGUUCCGUGUCUGAAUCGUCUAGUGCACAGCAGGCACAGCAGGUACAGCAGCAGCAGCAGUUUUCCGUUGCUCCAUAUGGUGAUUUACCGAACGGAGAAAGUCGAAGAGUGUAUGUGGUCAACACUUCCGAGCGCCACAUCGACUCUGUCCUAGCAGUCAUCCGCGUUCUCACCGACUUACGCGACGUCGACAUGACAAUAUUCACUUCGAGCAGCAACUCAAUUCUAUCCAGCAUUGCGACAGUCAUCAUGGAGAAAGUGUAUCCCUACAGGACGCUUCCAGAUCUGGUCGACAGCGACCCUGCGCCGGAUUUGAUCCUGCUGACGUCCUGCCUUGAAGACACGAGGGUGCUGCAGGAGUCAUUGCGCGAGAUGCUGAGAGAAGGGUCGAAAGUCAUGUGUUUGGUGCACGAGGCGCAUCAGUGGGACGUGCGAACUGCGGGCGUGAACCGGAAUCCGAUGGUCAAACGAUCGGUCAAGUUUAUGAUUCCCUGGAUGCGCGAGCGCAAAUGGGGACUCGUCACGAUGUCGCGCCGCGUUCGGCGGUACGUCAAGGAGAAUUUCCCGACGUACUUGGGGACCGGCGACUCAAUCUCUUAUGAUUCGAGUCUAUUGUUUCCGGUGUUUGAGUCGCCUACGAGUCUGUUGUAUAUAAAUACAAAGUGUCCUGGCGCUGUCUUGGUCGGGCAGCCUGAAGAACGGCGCCGAGAUGUGUCGCAGCCGCGUCUUGAUGCUCCUUCUGAGGAAAUCCACCCGGUGGCUGCGAUUUCCAUUGCCCGAUGCGACAGCUACGGAAAAACAGGCCUGGUGAACUCAGACCGAUGCAAUACCUGUGGUGAAGGUGGCGUGAGAGAGGCAGACCUCGAUCUGCAGGCGUACUACGCGACAAUCGAGCGUGCGGUCGUGGUGGUCCCGCUGAUUACCGCUCGAAAGUAUACAGAGUCAGAAGCCGCGGGCGCGAUCUCGGCCUCUGUAAUCACCGGUACGCCCGCGCUGAUUACGAAAAAGAUGCUCGAAGCCUACGACUACCUUCCCCUCUCCGGAGUAUGGAUCAAGAAAAGCUACGAGACGGACGCGGAGGCUAUUGCCCGGAUAUUCAAUUACGGCGAGCAGGAGUGGAUCGCGCGGCGGAGGAAUUUGCUCGCCACGCGCGAGGACUUGAUUGACCGGAACAUGGGCGUGUUUGAGCAGAUUUUGGGAGUUGAUAGGAGGAUCGAGAGCGAGGUCUAGAGGCUCGCUGCGGCGUUUGAUGGUGACAAUGGUGAUUUAUUUGAUUAGAACUACAUGAGGGGCAAAGUGUCCGUCGCUUACAAACAAUGAAUCCAACGUAUCAACGCGAGUUUUCGAUGCACAGCCUGCAUUGAGAGAACAAUCCUGCAAGUGAAACGCGCCACUUAUCAACCAAUUUUGCCAUCCGUUACUUAAAACCGCAGCACGCGAGAAGCCACGCGGUCCUGCUCACACUGCCGUUUCAGGGUCUGCGCGAUUUUGUCAGGGCUUUGUGUCGCGGGCGU